AUGUCCGUCUCUUCCUCUUUGCAAAACGUAACACAGCCUUUCAAACCACGAGCAGCCAAUUGCAGUUGCUGCGCGGAAGCCAUGCAUGCACCAGGCAUGCCACUUGCACAGUGGCUUCCCCUCCUGUUUCCAUCUGGUAACAUGCGCACAACCUCACCUUGCCUAUAUAUAUCUCAUUCAUAGCACAACCCCAUUUUGUCCAUCACCUUUGUUUUUUCUCUAUGAACAACAUGAAAACCCAAGUUGAAGAGAAGUUCUCUGAGUUCUUUGAGAAGUGGGUCUGCCAACUUGAAGAACAUGUGCAACUACUCCUAAGGGUGUCCAAAGAGAAACAGAACGAAGCAGAGGUACAAGCUUUGGUAUCUAGGGUUACAAGUCAUUAUAAGGAGUACUACACCGUGAAAUGGGCUGGUGCGCAUGAAGAUGUGCUUGCCUUCUUUACUCCGGUAUGGUUGAGCCCUUUAGAGAAUGCCUAUCUAUGGAUCACGGACUGGAAGCCAUCCAUGGCGUUUCAAGUAAUUGACGGGUUGAGGAUCAAGACCAUGGAGCCGCGAAAUAGUCUGGUGGAGAUGUCUGAACAGCAGGUGAAGAAGAUUGAGGACCUGAGGGUGAAGAUAAGGCUGGAGAAGGAGAAGGUUGAGAGGGAAAUGGAGAGGCAGCAGGUUUCCUUGGCGGACAGGAGGAUGGUCGAGUUGGCUAGGCUGGCGAGCAGGGUUAAUGAGGGGGAUAUGGUGGGUCAGGUACUGGAUGGGUUGGUGGAGGUGGCAUUGAAGGAGUUGCUGAAGGGAUUGGAGAGGGUGGUGAAGGCUGCAGACGGCGUGAGACUGAAAACUCUCAAGGGGGUUUUGGACGUGUUGAGCCCAAGGCAGUCUGUGGAUUUCUUGGCUGCAAUUCUUACGCUUCAGAUUCGACUCAGGCAACGUGGGAAGAAAAGAAACCAGAAUGAUCAGGCGGAUGGAAUAUUAGUAGAACCACCCACAUUGGUUUAGGAAAUUGGGGGGUUUUUGUAGCUUCUACGAGUUUAUGAAUCGAUGAUGGGCAGCAUGAAUUAUAUUAUAUCUGUUCGUUUUUGUGGAGAUCGAGGUUUGGAUUAUUUACUUUAUUUC